AUGCUCGUGGCAUUGCUCUAUGUCACCUUCGAUUUGAUCUACGGGAAUUAUGACGUUCCGGAGAGGAACGAUGACGUCACGCGACUGGAGAGAGACGAUGACGUCACGCAGCUGGGCAGGAGCGAUGACGUCAUACCGCGCGGUGUUGCCAUUCCGACCCGCCGGCUUUUGCCACAACGAGCAGUCACGGGCCAAGAUCUCGGACUCCGGAAGGCUUCAUCUCAAGCCCAGAAGCUCCUCCUUGAAAGACCUCUGGAGGCCGAAGACCCUCGAGUUAUAACUUGGAUUCGGGAGGAACACUUGCACCAGCCUUCCUCUCUGCCUUAUUACCUUGAAAUAGGCAAGAACGUCGACUUUACCAAGUUAGAAUACUGGCAGAGAGUUCACGAGGGAAUUAUGCAAAUGAUGGAUGGGAAGCGCGGCGGGUUCUUCCUGGAGGCGGGGGCGCUGGACGGCUACUACCAGUCCAACACGUUCUUCCUGGAGCGGGACUUGGGCUGGACCGGCCUCCUGGUGGAGCCCAACCCCGUGUUCUUCGAGGCGCUCCUCGCGCGCCACAGGAGGGCCUGGGCCACGGACCUCUGCCUCGGGACCAAGCCUCAUGCUUAUAAGACAGAAUUUUGGGUCCACACAGGCCCUGACCCUGAGCAGAGUCUCAUAGCCGCGUCUCGAAGUGGUCUGCUGAAGGAACACCUGGAAAAUUACGAAAAGGGAGGACUCGACAGCGGAUCCGUGGUGGAGGUCAACUGCGUGCCGGCCAUUAGCAUCCUCUCCGCCCUCAACGUGACCCAGGUCGACCUGUUUUCCCUCGACAUCGAGAACGCCGAAGUGGCCGUCUUGCAGUGGUUUCCGUUCGACAGGGUGCACGUCGAGGUGCUGGUGGUGGAGCACUGGACGUCGGGAGACCCAGAGGACAGCCGGGCCUUCGUGCGUCUGGUGGAGAGCAAGGGCUUCUCCUUCUACCGGAGGGACAACCACGACUACUUCUUCCUCCACCAGCGUCCGAGAUGGGUCCUCGCGCGCCCCGGAGACGAGGGUGCUGUCGAUAACCUGGAGCCGUACAAGCCGAUCGUGAAGGCGCUUUGAGACGCCUUUUUCUUCUAAUUUCUUACUGUACGU